GUCCCCAGGUCCCGGCAUGAGCACAGUGUGGUCGGGGCUGGUGGGGGGGGGGGGCGGUGGCCCGGGUGGUCCUAGGACCCCCCCACCAUGGAAAACCAGCUCUAUUAUGACAGCCUGGGGUCCUGCAGUCACUACCAGGAAGCCCCCCAGGGCGCCGAGGACUUACUCUUCCUGCUGCUGGGACUCGUCAUUCUAGUCAACGUGGGGAUCAACGUGGUAACUGUGAUGUGGCACAGACUCGAGAAUGCCUUGGACAAGAUGAUACAUUGGAUUAAUCUGAAAAAUGGAAGCUGCCAGGCUUGUGAGAGUCCCCCCAAAGAGGCCCCGGCCAAGCCCCAAGACGUCCACAUCCACUGCACCCUGGACCCUGUAGAAGUGAAGAUGGCCCGGCCCCCCGGCCACCACUCUUCCUCUUACCGCUGUCUCUGCAGCCCCCGCCACCGCCGCCACGGGAGCCCCCGCCGCAGCCGGCCCCCAGGCCACCAUCGCCCCCUCUGCAGCCACCAGUGGAGACUGAAGAGCCACAGGCAUUUCCCCCACAACCGCUCAGUCUUCCGUAGCCACCGGCACAGCCGCAAGAUGUCCCAGCUGCGGCGGGCGCCCUCCUUUAAUGAAAACAAUCUCGACUCCUGCCUGGAGGAGGAUGACCUGUCCUUCCCGCACCCCAAGUUCCCGCUGUGGGGAUGGGGAGGGCUCUACCAGCCAGCGGGCCUGCCCUCCAACCUGGGGCUGUGGGGCCGCCAGGGCGGGAUCCUGGCCAGCCUGCCACCGCCCUCUCUCUAUCUGUCCCCUGAGCUGCGCCGCGUGCCGAAGCGCGUGGAGGCCAAGUCAGAGCUGAGGCUGCAGUCCUACGGGCUCCAGUCCCGAACCUGGGGCAAUCUGGAGGCCGAGCAGUGGACGCCGUCUCCACCGCCCCCCCGCCGGCUGCCCCCCAAUCCCUCCUGGGCCCCCGCGGGACACAGCUCUUACCCCUCGGGGGCCCAACUGCUCCACGACUCCUGGGAUCAGCGGCGGCGCGGUCUGGAGGGUUCUGAGACCCCUUCGGCCCCGGUGCCUCGGGGCUCCAGGCCUGAGGCCCAGGAGCACUACUCUCCACAGGCCCCCAGGCGGAGCCUCCCCGGCCACACUUCGGGCCAGCCCAGCCGCAGCCCCCAGCCAUCCGCGGGCCACUUGGGCUUCUGCGCCCGGGACCCCCAUGAGGCUCGGCGGCGGACAGCGGAAUGGACGGAGCCGGUGCCCGCCCGGCACCCUCUGACCACCACGUCCCUCACCGUGUUGGGCGAGGCCUCCCACCAGCGGGCCCCGGACCCCAGCGCCGAGGUCCAGAGCUCCGAGCAGACCCCCGCCCAGCCGGCCUUCAUGCCGCUCAGCCGGAACCCGGGGGGCGGGGGCAGCUACCAGGUGUACGACAGCCUGGAGCUGAAGCGGCAGGUGCAGGAGAACAGAGCUCGGGCCAGCUCCCUGCCCCCCCCCUCCACCUCGGCCUCGCAGCCCUCCCUGCACCGGAGCCGGACCGGGAAACUCCACUGACCAGCGGCCUGCGAGGCGGGC